CCGGAAGUGGGUGGAGCUUGUCUAACGCGUGUUGUACUUCAAUAACCGCGAAACCGGCGAUGGCAGCUUUAGCAGGCAGGAGUGUUGUCUUUGUGACAGGGAAUGCCAAGAAGCUUGAGGAGGUCAUUCAGAUCCUUGGCGAUAGAUUUCCAUGCAAAUUGGUGGCAAAGAAAAUUGACUUACCAGAAUACCAGGGUGAACCUGAUGAGAUUUCAGUCCAAAAAUGCAAGGAGGCUGCAAGACAGAUUCAAGGCCCAGUUAUAGUAGAGGAUACCUGCUUGUGCUUCGGUGCUUUGGGUGGCCUUCCUGGCCCUUACAUAAAAUGGUUUCUUGAAAAAUUAAAACCAGAAGGCCUGCACCGUAUGUUAGCUGGAUUUGAGGACAAAUCUGCCUAUGCCCUCUGUACUUUUGCCUACAGCACUGGAAACCCAGAUGACCCUGUGCUGCUGUUUAGAGGCAAAACUAUGGGACAAAUAGUAGCUCCACGAGGUCCCAGGGAUUUUGGUUGGGAUCCUUGUUUCCAGCCAGAUGGCUUUGAACAAACGUAUGCAGAGCUCCCAAAAGAAGUGAAGAAUACAAUCUCUCAUCGGUACCGGGCCCUGAAGGAAAUGUCGGACCACUUCAUCCGGAACAGUUCUUCGGAAACUUGUUAAAGUUGAGGUGCUACCACGUUAAAGCUCUCAUCAUCUGCAUUUUGGAACACGUUACUUAACACUUUGUCUAGUGGAGGUGUGAAACUCCAAAGCAAAUCAUGGACAUCUCUUAUUUGCUGCUAGGGGUUUUUUUAACAGAAAGACCUCAAUAACUGUGUGGAGUGGAAAUUGUGCUCUGUAUCUUUAAAUAUAAUCUGAGCCCCAAUGGACAGAGUUGCAUUAGUUGUAUGGAGUAACACAAGGUGUAAGAGAUCUUUCAUUUACCAUAUGUACUGUUCUGUGGGCUUGGCAGGUUUUAUAUAUUUUUAUUUAACUGUAUAUAAAAUCCAGUGGCCUGACCCCUGAAAUUGAUUAUCAUACAUUUGUCAGUUGUUGCAAUUUAGCCGUCAUGCUGAAUAAAAUGUACCAUUUUCUUUU